AUCAUUCCAUAGUCCAGCUGUCAGGUUGACAUCUAUGACUUGCGCAAUCAAGUAAAUUCAAAGUAAAGAAAAUGUUUGUUUCGGCGGGUUCUGUCCUGAAGUUACAUGCUUUGUCGGAUAAUCUUCACAGUUUGGAACCAGUAGCCGUGUAUAAACCGAGAAAAAGUUACGGUUCGGCUUGCAAAUUAACCAACGUUUCCUGGUGUCACGACAACAGCUACAUCGCCCUUCUUCAAGACGAUGGCCACCCCGAAAUCGUGUCUUGCAAAGACAGAACUAACCUCAACUUAGUUCAUACGAUACAAUGCUUGAAGAGAGUAACGGCGCUGAGUUUCAAACAGAACACGAAGAGGAUUUUAGCAUUGGGAAAUCACGAGGGGGAGGUUGUACUCUACGAUACGAAAAACAGAGGUAUCGCGAGGAAAAUUGUGGGUCUUUCGAGCCCUGUCAGGAUGCUGGAGUUCAACAGCAGGGACGAACAGAUUUUUGUAGGUGGCGAUGCAGGAUCCGGUGUAUUCUCAGAUCACGACGGAAUGAACAACUUCACAAAAGAAAUCGCUCUUCCCGACUCGUAUACGGCUUCAAAAUUCCACCCACUCUCGCCCAGCAUCCUCGCCCUUGGCGACCAAUCGGGUCGCGUGUUUCUCCGCGAUACGGAAAAGGACGAAGUCAUCAGCAGUACGCAACGUCACACGUCAACUGUCACCGGCAUCGCCUUUACCGGCGAUCACAAAAUCAUGGUCACCACAGGAAUGGACAACAAGAUUUGCGUGAACGACUGCCAAACGUCAGACUGCGUCUUCAGGAUGAACAUCCACCAAGCCAUCACCUCGAGCGAUGUCAGCCCGGACGACAGGUACAUUGCUGCAGGCCUAGAGGACGGUUGUGUCUACAUCUACGACAUCAGGGAACCUUUGAAGCCUUUGGUGUGCACGAACGCUCACGAUUGCGCAGUGAACAAGAUCGCUUUCGAGCGAGCGGUUCCAUGCGUAGAGAUCGUGCGCGAAAAACCAUCCGUCACGACAUUGAACGAGAGCGAGUUCGGGGAAAACCACUCGGAAGUUUCAAACUCGAUGGGCGACAUAGACAGGCAUGACGCCGAAGACGAGAAGUUUAAGAAAGAACUGCUGCGGAUGGUGAAGAGCCAUAUGAGUUACUUGGAGACGCAGUUGGCCGAGCAUUGCGCCAAAUUCCAGAGUUUCAUCGCGAACGAGUUCGACGCGAUCCACAACGCAAUGGCGCGCUGGGACGUGUUCAACGUGGGAGACACAGCGGAGAUUGCGCAGGCUAUAGAUUCAACAGACUCGAGGAGUUCCAGAAGCGGAGCUUCCGUGGGGAAGUCUCGAUCGCAGAUGAGGCAAUAAAGAGUAUCAAAUGGAA